UGUGUGUGUGUGUGUGUGUGUGUGUGUGUGUGUGUGUGUGUGUGGGCGGCAGGUGUGCGCCAUGCAGACAGUGUGGACAGGUGUGGCACAGGUGAAGGCGGGAACUAAUCCACCUGACAGAAAAGGUAGUGGCGUGAUGGAGGCGGUGACGGGGAGGCGGGCGGCGCGGAGGUCCCAGUCACUUAUGCCUCAGGGAGCGUCAGAGGUGCGGCGUGCUGGCUACUCCCUCUCGCUAAGGCAGGGAGGGUUCCGAUCUCUCGUCUUGGGCAAGGACUUGGAUCUAGCGGCCCAGCAUGACUUGGCAGCGGCAUUUGGGCAAGAUUUUCCGAAGUCACCUUCUACUCUGCCGCGAAGGACAAAAACUAAGGUAUCGUUGCACAAACACCUCGCUGUCACCACCUCGGACCCGACAGCCGCGUCCAGCCGGCAAUGCGUAAGCUGCGGCGGCCACCCCGACCAGUGCCUCAGUGCCUUGGAACUCUUCGAGGUGUGCGACCCCCAUCAUCACCAUCCCUCCUAUAGGUCCGCCACAACACCCAAACGCACCCACUCCCUCCUUCGUCGCUCCCGCCCGCCAACGCAAGCCCCAAGAAGACCUUCCCGUAGCCUCACAUCAAGACACAAACCGAAGUCGAUCCUGGAGGAGGGUGGGGAGGAGGCAACCACCCCGGAGAGCGAGGCGCAGACCCCAGACAGUGAGGCGUGCACCCCAGGCAGCGCGGCGGGCACCCCAGUUAGCGGUUCGCGAACUCCGGAUAGUAGCAUACACACGCCGGAGGAAAUUACAGGACAGGAAAAGCGGAUUAAAGAAGGGAAAACGAUACCACGCGCCCUAAGACUCCUUGAAAUGCGAUCGGCGACACUGGGGAAGGAGGAAGACGAGCAGGAGGCGAGUGCUAGGCGAGGGGAAGCGGCUCAGGCACAAGGCGGCGGUGCCAUUGAAGGAAAAGCAGAUCCUGGCCUCCUUAGCACCAUAAGACGAUUGAGCAUCUAAGAGCCUUGUAAGGGAGGCACAAAGAGAGGGAAAAACGGGGACAUCAAAACCGAAGGGUAUAAAGAGAUUGGGAAGGAACUGAUGAAAAGAGAGAUAAUUGGAGAGAAUUUGUAGAGUUUGUAAUGUAUGUAAAAUGGUAUCUGAAAAUUGUCAUGAUAAAAAAAAAAAAAAAAAAAUAAUAAUCGGAGAGAAAUGGAAAAAAAAAAAAAAAAUGGGCAGGAAGGUCAAAUAGAGAGAAGUAUGGAAUUUGACGGGAAAGAAUUUGUAGUGUAAAGAAGUAACACCUGAGAGAUCGAACAGAAAAUAGAAAAGUGAGCAAAAGAAGCGAAAGGAAGCUUGUAACACAGAACAAAUUGGAGGAGAAAAAAUAAAACGUGAUAAUGAAGAAGGUAGAAUGUACAUUACUUCAAAGAUCUUACAGAAAGGGUGAGAAAAAAGGGAAAAGGAAGGAAAACCAAUUGAAUAAACCAAACAAGAAGGAACUGAAGCAGAAUUUGGAAUAUAUAUAGAAAGGAAAACGAGGAGAGGAAGCAAACUCGAAAAAAAAACAUUGAAAUGAAUAAGAUGGCAAACAACUGGAGAGAAAAAAUUUAGUAUAUAAAGGGGAAAAUAAGUAGUGUCUCGACUUAACUUAGUUUCAACCGGAAUAGACAGAGAAGAGUAGAAACAAAUCAUAGGUUAAAUGACCGAUAAGUAAGAAUUUUAGAAAGUAGAUAGAAAAUGAAAUUAUUUGUAUAUUUACUCUACCUGACGUCGAGAGAGAGAGAGAGAGAGAGAGAGAGAGAGAGAGAGAGAGAGAGAGAGAGAGAGAGAGAGAGAGAGAGAGAGAGAGCUAAAAAUAGUUGAAAUGCCAAGUAUUUAUGUAUUAAGUAUGCCUCAAGUCAAGACAAAAAUAGAAAUGAAAAUAAAAACUAGUCAGGAAUAAUCUAAGAGUUAAUCCCAAAAGAAAAAUCAUUAAGUGUGUCUUGACAAUUCUGCCUCAAGUCAUGGACAUCAUAAGUCAAGAAAAAAGUGAAUUAUGAAAAGGAAAAUUCAGAGAAAAUUAAAUAAAAUAAA